CUCGCCGGAUAAACGCCAUUGACGUUGACCAAAGGUAGCCUUGCCUUCAAGUGAACCACGUGAUUCACCAGCUUAUCAUCCCUACAAGCCGCUAUCAGCUCAUCAUUGGGUACUUCGUACUUCCUUCAAACGAACAAUAAAACAUCUUAUCACGUACAGGUCCUUACGCCUUGUCAGCUUUCAGGCAACUGAGCGAAACGGUAGUACUCGAGCCGUGUGGCAUAUUAUUAGAGAUCCUGAAACCCGCAACAUCCUCCCUCCGGCAGUAUCUGGCACUGAUUGGCGACGUAUUACGAGCAGAGAGCGAGAGUCCAAGGCGACAUCCUUCCUGGUCAGCACUGUGUCCAUUCUGUCCGAUCGCGAGUAAGCCAGAGGCAGACGCAUACUACGUACAUGACAAGUUUCGCAAAACAGUAAGCCAAUCCAUCGGGCCGAGGGGGUGUGAGGAUCCCAUUCGAGCGCAAGCAUCUUUUCGGCAACGAACCAUUUCAACCUACGAGUACCUCGACACAGUGUAAGAAGCGAGACCUGCGUUCUGGACCUUGCCAUAUUGGCCAUACCGAAAAGCCACCAGGGCAAACCCAGGUUCAGCCUUGUCCCAACAGUCAACAUCUCAUCAUGUCUUCCGAUUCCGCACCAGAUAUACACGAUGGCGAUCUCAAAGCCUUUAUCCAUGGCAUGCCCAAAUGCGAACUCCAUGUCCAUCUAGAAGGUUGCCUCACACCUAGCCUCGCCCGCCAGCUGGCGGAGCGGAACAACGUCCCUCUCCCACCAUCCCUGUCAUCUCUCGAUCCCUCCCAGACAGGCUAUUCUUUCCACGACCUCACCUCAUUUCUGGCCGUCUACUACCCUAACCUCGCCGUUCUUCAGACUGAGCACGACUUCCGCGACUUGGCCUUGGACUACCUCAGCCGCGCCCAUGCUCAGAACGUCAAACAUGUCGAACUCUUCUUCGACCCUCAAGCCCACACUUCCCGUGGCGUUCCAUUUCCGACCGUCAUCCGUGGUUACCGAUUGGGCCUUCUGAUGGCACAACGUACGUUUGGUAUCUCGGCGAGCCUAAUUUUGUGCUUCCUCCGCGAUCAAUCCCCCGAGUACGCUAUGGCCACACUCAUGGAAGCUCUGCCCUUCAAAGACGCCAUCAUUGGCGUCGGCCUGGACUCCGACGAACGUGACAACCCACCGUCCAAAUUCGGCGCUGUCUUCCAGCGCGCCAGCAAAGAGGGGUUUCUGCUCACGGCGCACUGCGACAUUGACCAAGCCAACUCGAUCACCCACAUUCGCCAGUGCAUCCACGAGAUCCAAGUCGAAAGAAUUGAUCAUGGGACUAAUAUUGUCGAAGACGAGUCUCUGAUCUCGACCAUCCUCGAACGCGGAAUUGGCCUGACAUGCUGCCCCGUAUCUAACAGUGUGGUGACCGCCGACUUCAAAGGCGCAGAGAUCGUGUCUCUCCUGCGGCGAGGCGUAAAAGUCACCAUCAACUCCGAUGACCCAGCCUACUUCCGCGCAUACGUCAACGAGAACCUCGAGAAGAUGGCGCGCGAAACCGACCUGACACGAAGGGAGCUCAUCCAACUACAACGCAACGCGUUUAAUAUCUCUUGGAUCUCCUCGUGGCGGAGAAAUCAUUUUCUUGCGCUCUUGGAUGAAUACGAAGCUAAAACCAUGCAAACACAGGUGCAAAUGGUCAACGGCGCCUGAAUUGCGAUUGGAAUCAUGACAGGGGGAAUCAACUGUUAACCCCCAUGGUUGCGACAUAGUCGACCCGCUUACUCUUUACUAUUGCCUUCGAAAGCCACCUCAUCAAAGAAAGUCGCCCGCAGCUGUACUAUGGCUGCAACCUCAAGAAUGAAUUCUUGGAGUAUGACAGCAUUCGUCAAAAUAUGGCUGAGACUUGCUUGACUUCGAGUUCCUACACCAUCCUGGCUGAUCGGGGUAGCGCUUCCCGAAUCUCGACUCUCCGCCAGCACCGAACGUAGUGCUGGAGCCUCCAUGUCUGAGUUUUGCCUUCGACCUGCAUGGACUGGUAGUGAUAAUGUAGCUUCGUUCGGGGUCUUCGGGUUGAAAAGGUCGACCUGAGUUCUGAGUAACGACGUUGUAGUGGGUGCCAGUGGCGGGUCCGUCUCGGGAAAUUCCCAUGAUCCAUCAUCUUCGUUUGUCCGGAGUGACUGACGAAGGGGCGAGAGCCCGAGGGCACGUUCUGCUAGGUUCGCCCUGUGGCUUCCAGACGUCGAAAUCGUAUUGUCUAUGGAGCCGAACUCGGCAUUCGGGACUUGUCUGCCUCUCGGGGUCUUUGGCCUUGCUUGUGACACAGAGCGAUUGCUGGAUGGCGAAUCACUUCUUGGUAAUGGGUUAGAACCGGUUAUUUGUCCUGGGGUCGACCUGAAGUUUGAAGGCCGGUCUGGCGCAUCGUCUUCCGAGAGUUCCCUCCUCCGUCUGGCGACCAAUACAUCCCAAUCGGGAAAUUGUGAUUUCCAAUGACGCACUUGCUCCAGCAGUUCACUUAGGACGAAUGUGAUGUUGAAAGCUGAAAGCUCUUCCACGCCGCCUUCUUGAGCUGGAGGCAAUAUCCAGCGUUGCAAAUUCAUAUGG